UGUGUUUCUGGAAGAGUUUCAGGUUGUAUCUCUCUGAGUAUGCACGUGGCUCUAGUGAAACUUCUUCAUUGAUCCUGCAGUUGUCCAGACUUCUGGCUGUUUGAAAGAGCAGUUUUAUGUGGGAUUUGUACCUUUGCAGAGCUCUGAAAAAGGGGUAAUCUAUGCCAGCAAUUAUGACAAUGUUAGCAGACCAUGCAGCUCGUCAGCUGCUGGAUUUUAACCAGAAACUGGAUAUCAAUCUCUUGGACAAUGUGGUGAACUGCUUGUACCAUGGAGAAGGUGCACAGCAAAGAAUGGCACAGGAAGUGUUGACUCACUUAAAAGAACAUCCCGAUGCGUGGACAAGAGUUGAUACAAUUUUGGAGUUCUCUCAGAACAUGAACACCAAAUAUUAUGGGCUGCAAAUCUUGGAAAAUGUGAUAAAAACAAGAUGGAAGAUUCUUCCAAGGAACCAGUGCGAAGGUAUUAAAAAAUAUGUUGUCGGCCUAAUUAUCAAGACCUCAUCUGACCCAACAUGUGUAGAAAAAGAGAAAGUGUAUAUUGGCAAACUGAAUAUGAUCCUUGUUCAGAUCUUGAAACAGGAAUGGCCCAAGCACUGGCCGACCUUUAUAAGUGACAUUGUGGGAGCCAGCAGGACUAGUGAGAGCCUUUGUCAGAACAACAUGGUCAUCCUCAAACUCUUGAGUGAAGAGGUGUUUGAUUUUUCCAGUGGCCAGAUCACUCAAGUAAAAGCUAAGCAUUUGAAAGACAGCAUGUGCAAUGAAUUCUCUCAAAUAUUUCAGCUGUGUCAGUUUGUGAUGGAAAACUCCCAAAAUGCUCCCUUAGUCCAUGCAACUUUGGAAACUUUGCUACGAUUUCUGAACUGGAUUCCUCUGGGAUAUAUAUUUGAGACCAAGUUAAUCAGCACACUAAUAUACAAGUUCUUAAAUGUUCCCAUGUUUCGAAACGUCUCUUUGAAGUGCCUCACAGAGAUUGCAGGGGUCAGUGUAAGCCAAUAUGAAGAACAAUUUGUAACACUUUUUACACUGACCAUGAUGCAGUUAAAACAGAUGCUUCCUUUAAAUACCAAUAUCCGACUUGCUUACUCGAAUGGCAAAGAUGAUGAACAGAACUUCAUCCAGAAUCUCAGUUUGUUCCUCUGCACCUUCCUCAAGGAACAUGGUCUACUUAUAGAGAAAAGAUUAAAUCUGAGGGAAACACUAAUGGAGGCUCUUCAUUACAUGUUGUUGGUAUCAGAAGUUGAAGAAACUGAAAUUUUCAAGAUUUGUCUCGAAUACUGGAACCAUUUGGCUGCUGAGCUCUACAGGGAAAGUCCGUUCUCAACGUCCGCUUCUCCGCUGCUUUCGGGGAGCCAACACUUCGAUGUUCCUCCAAGGAGGCAGCUUUACCUGCCUGUUUUGUCCAAGGUCCGGUUGCUCAUGGUGAGCCGCAUGGCCAAGCCUGAGGAAGUCCUGGUUGUGGAGAACGAUCAAGGAGAGGUAGUUCGGGAAUUCAUGAAGGACACAGACUCCAUAAACUUGUAUAAAAACAUGAGAGAAACGUUGGUUUAUCUUACACACCUGGACUAUGCAGACACAGAACGAAUUAUGACUGAAAAGCUUCACAAUCAAGUGAAUGGGACAGAGUGGUCGUGGAAAAACCUGAACACCCUGUGCUGGGCCAUCGGCUCCAUCAGCGGCGCGAUGCACGAAGAGGAUGAGAAGAGGUUCCUGGUUACAGUAAUUAAGGAUCUCCUGGGACUGUGUGAACAAAAGCGAGGAAAGGACAAUAAAGCCAUUAUUGCAUCAAAUAUAAUGUAUAUAGUAGGUCAAUACCCUCGGUUUUUGAGAGCUCACUGGAAAUUCUUGAAGACAGUAGUCAACAAGCUGUUCGAAUUUAUGCAUGAAACCCACGAUGGUGUCCAGGACAUGGCUUGUGAUACCUUCAUCAAAAUAGCACAGAAAUGCCGCCGGCACUUUGUCCAGGUGCAGGUGGGGGAGGUGAUGCCAUUUAUUGAUGAAAUCUUGAACAACAUCAACACAAUCAUCUGUGACCUUCAGCCACAGCAGGUGCACACGUUUUACGAAGCAGUGGGAUACAUGAUCGGGGCACAGACGGACCAGACUGUGCAGGAGCACCUGAUAGAAAAGUACAUGUUGCUGCCCAACCAGGUGUGGGACAGCAUCAUCCAACAGGCAACAAAGAAUGUUGAUAUCCUAAAGGAUCCUGAAACAGUCAAGCAGCUUGGUAGCAUUCUGAAAACCAACGUGAGAGCGUGUAAAGCAGUUGGCCACCCCUUUGUGAUUCAGCUUGGAAGAAUUUAUUUAGAUAUGCUGAAUGUGUACAAGUGCCUAAGUGAAAAUAUUUCUGCAGCUAUUCAGGCUAAUGGUGAAAUGGUAACAAAGCAGCCCUUGAUUAGAAGUAUGAGGACUGUAAAAAGGGAAACUCUGAAACUAAUUUCUGGCUGGGUGAGCAGGUCCAAUGAUCCACAGAUGGUAGCUGAAAACUUUGUUCCUCCGUUGUUGGAUGCAGUUCUCAUCGACUACCAGCGGAACGUGCCCGCGGCGCGGGAGCCCGAGGUGCUCAGCACCAUGGCCAUCAUUGUCAACAAGCUGGGGGGGCACAUCACUGCUGAAAUACCUCAGAUCUUCGAUGCUGUCUUUGAGUGCACAUUAAACAUGAUCAACAAGGACUUUGAAGAAUAUCCUGAACAUAGAACAAACUUCUUCUUGCUACUCCAGGCUGUAAAUUCUCACUGCUUCCCAGCCUUCCUGGCCAUUCCACCUGCACAGUUCAAACUUGUUCUGGAUUCUAUUAUUUGGGCUUUCAAACAUACAAUGAGAAACGUUGCAGAUACAGGACUUCAGAUCCUUUAUACUCUACUCCAGAACGUUGCCCAGGAGGAGACGGCUGCCCAGAGCUUCUACCAGACGUAUUUCUGCGACAUCCUCCAGCACAUCUUCUCCGUGGUGACGGACACCUCGCACACCGCAGGUUUGACAAUGCAUGCAUCAAUCCUGGCCUACAUGUUCAACUUGGUAGAAGAGGGAAAGAUCAGUACUCCCCUAAACCCUGGGAAUCCAGUGAACAACCAAAUGUUUAUCCAGGAGUAUGUGGCCAAUCUCCUCAAGUCUGCAUUUCCUCACCUGCAAGAUGCCCAGGUGAAGCUGUUCGUAACAGGACUGUUCAGUUUAAACCAGGAUAUUCCUGCCUUCAAGGAACACCUAAGGGAUUUCCUGGUCCAAAUCAAGGAAUUUGCAGGUGAAGACACAUCAGACUUAUUCUUAGAGGAGAGAGAAACAGCCCUUCGACAGGCUCAAGAGGAGAAACAUAAACUUCAGAUGUCUGUACCCGGCAUCCUUAAUCCACAUGAAAUUCCUGAGGAGAUGUGCGAUUAAAAACAAAAAUAAAACAAGUUUUGCAGUUUUCCUUCUGUACAGCUACUUUGUUGUGAUAGAAGAAAACAGCACUUGGAUAUUUGUUGACCAAAAUGAUGCCAAUUUGUAAAUUAAAAUGUCACCUAGUGGCCCUUUUUUCUUAUGUGUUUUUUGUAUAAGAAAUUUUCUGUGAAAUAUCCUUCCAUUGUUUAAGCUUUUGUUUGGUCAUCUUUAUUUAGAUUUGCAUGAAGUUGAAAAUUAAGGCAUUUUCAAAGUAAUUACUUCAUGCCCAUUUUGUGGCUAAGGGGAAAAAAAANGGGGAAAAAAAAUAGGCAAAACGUUUAACUUGUAAAAGACUAUAUUGCAAAAUAAUCCAAUUUCCUGUAAGAGUAUCGAUUUUUUUUUUUUUUUUUUAAAUUCGGUUUUUCUUUCUAGUCUGUCCUGCAGUCUAGGAGAAAAGGUGAAGAGUAAAGCAGAUUGAAUUCAUUGUUCAGCAGAGGAUUCUAGUGCUGCCUUUGUUCUGAGCAGUUAGCAGCUUUUUGGACCGAGUGGUAAGGCUGUAGGCUACGUGUAUUUGCAAGUUGUAUGGCAAGUUUGCAGCAAGAUCAUGUGCAUAUCAUCCCAUUGUAAAGCAACUUCUGAAGAGUAUGGGAACACAGUACAGUUAGUUAUUUUUACACAGUUCUUUUGUUUUUUGUGUGUGUGCUGUCGCUUUGUCGACAACAGCUUUUUGUUUUCCUCAAUGAGGAGUGUUGCUCAUUUGUGAGCCUUCAUUAACUCGAAGUGAAAUGGUUAAAAUAUUUAUCCUGUUAGAAUAGGCUGCAUCUUUUUAACAACUCAUAAAAUAAAAAAAAAAAAAAACCAAACAAAAAAACUGGCUUUUGAGAUGACUUAUACUAAUUUACAUUGUUUACCAUGCUGUAGUGCUUAAAGAACACUACUUAAAAGCAAAAUAAACUUGGUUUACAUUUAUUUUUCUUUCUUCGGCUUAUUCUUUUAUUGGAUGAAAAUGCUGUGAUCAUAUUUAAGAUUUGUAUUCGAAGGUGUAGGAGAAGUUCCUUGAGGUCUAGAUAACUUGCUUCUGGCUUGCCUCAUCUCAAGGACUUUGGCUGUGCUUGAAGUGAACAUGAACUAAAGUUGGGCUCCAUUUGGAAGUACAGUAGCUGUUCUGACUUACCUCCAUGGAUAAAUAUUCCAUACUCCGUUACUCUGAAAUGCCAGGAAUGAAUGAGGUACUCUUGCUCUUUCUCUCUCUGGACUCUUUGCAGUUUAUUUCAAAGAGGCAUUGCACUGUAUCUUGACUAAGCAGUUAAUAAUAGUCCGUGUGAAUAACA